ACGGUUUGAACGGGUAUUACACACACAGCUGGGGAACAACGUGCAGCUAUUUCUGUUUCCUUCUCACAAAGGUUUGUAAAUCAGACGUCUCGUGAGACUCAUCUCAUGAAUACCGAACCAACGAAGGAUUUUUCUACAACACGAAGCUCUCCACAAAGCCGCGAAUCGCUGAUAUUACCGGGUCUGCGCUCAAGGCCCAGUCAGCGGAUCACUGGAGAUCCUGAAGCCCGCUCGACAGGCUUGAUCUCCGGCGCGGCUGAACGCGCGUUCCCGCUCGUCUCGGGUUAGUAAAGGAACAUGUCUCAGACUGGACCUCCUCCUCGAUGGAGGAAUUGUCCCAGAAGAGGACAACCCGUGGCUGGUAAAUUUCUUCCCAUGAAGACCAUGCUUGGACCACGGUAUGAUGAUAAAGUCCCUGAGGAGAACAGGUUUCAUCCCAGCAUGCUGUCUAACUAUCUCAAGAGCUUGAAGGUGAAGAUGGGUUUGCUGGUGGACCUGACCAACACAAGCCGCUUCUAUGAUCGGGCAGACAUAGAAAAAGAAGGAAUCAAAUAUGUAAAGCUUUCCUGCAAAGGUCAUGGUGAAUGUCCCACAGCGGAGACUACAGAGAUGUUCAUCAGACUGUGUGAACACUUCAUUGAGAAGACGCCCACAGAGCUCAUCGGCGUUCACUGUACACAUGGCUUCAACCGCACAGGCUUUUUAAUGUGUGCCUACCUGGUGGAGAAAAUGGACUGGAGCAUCGAGGCAGCGGUCGCAGCGUUCACUCAAGCUCGGCCCCCGGGCAUCUAUAAAGCGGAGUAUCUCAAGGAGCUCUUCCGGCGUUACGGUGACGUGGAGGACGCCCCGGCCCCUCCCGCCCUUCCCGAGUGGUGCUUUGAAGAUGAUGAUGAGGAGGUGGACGAUGACGGGAAUCCGGUCGCUCAGGCUUCUGAACCCAGCUCCUCUCACUCCAGUCACGUCAAGAAGAAGAAAGAACGACUCAAACUGGGGGCUGUGUUUCUGGAGGGGGUGUCUGUCAAAAGCGUCACUCAAGUCACGUCGCAGCCCAAGCUCGGCGAGAUACAGCGCAAAUGCCAGCAGUUUUCCGAGUGGGACAAAUCUGGGUUUCCCGGCGCUCAGCCCGUAUCGAUGGACCGCAGGAACAUUCGGCUAUUGGAACAGAACGUGUAUAAGGUCAGCUGGAAGGCGGACGGCACACGCUACAUGAUGUUGAUCAAUGGAAAGAAUGAGGUGUAUAUGAUUGACCGAGACAACUCGGUCUUCCACAUAGCCAACCUGGAGUUUCCCUUCCGGAAGGAUCUGCGCCUUCACCUUUCCAACACACUUUUAGACGGGGAGAUGAUCGUGGACAAAGUCAACGGUCAGCCCGUCCCGCGUUAUCUCAUCUACGACAUCAUUAAAUUUAGCGGUCAGCCCGUGGGUCAGUGUGACUUCAACAGACGUCUGCUGUGUAUGGAGAAGGAGAUCAUCUCUCCUCGCUUCGAGAAGAUGAAAAUGGGCCAGAUCGACAAAGCCAAGGAGCCCUUCAGCGUCAGAAACAAGCCCUUCUUCGACAUUCAUGCGGCACGCAAGCUCCUGGAGGGCAGUUUCACUGCUCAGGUCAGUCAUGAAGUCGAUGGUCUUAUCUUCCAGCCUAUUGGGAAAUACAAGCCGGGCAGAUGCGAUGAUAUUCUGAAGUGGAAGCCGCCCAGCCACAACUCCGUCGACUUCAGACUCAAGAUCACCAAAGUUGGCGGGGAGGGACUGGUCCCGCAGAUGAUGGGUCUUCUCUACGUGGGCAGCUAUGACAGGCCCUUUGCACAAAUGAAGGUGUCGAAGGAUCUGAAACAGUACGACAGUAAAAUCAUCGAGUGCACGUUUGUGAAUAACAGCUGGGUGUUCAUGAGACAGCGGGUCGACAAGAGCUUCCCCAACUCGUACGACACGGCCAUGGCCGUGUGCAACAGCAUCCAGCAUCCCGUCACUAAAGAGAUCCUCUUUGAGUUCCUGGACCGAUGCGCUCAGAUGCGGUCGCGCAAGCACCCGGCCGACUCCGAGCUCAUGCCUCCGCCGCCACCAAAGAGAGCCGACCUCAGCGUCCCAUAAUCCCUCCACGCUACAGAAGUCAGCCAUAUUUUUUUAUUCCGGAAACGUUCAGCAAGAGAGGAGAGACUUUUGGAGAAUGUUUUGCUUUCUGACCUCACUGAGUGAAUCUAUUUAAAAAACAAACUGAUACAAAAUUGUUCAGAGUUUCAACGUUGAGUGUUGAGACGCGCUCUUAUUUAAGAGAAUAAAGAGAAAAAUGGA